AUGGCCUCCUUUGAGGUUACCCUGGGGCUGAACACAUCGAGAGGUGCAUUCAUCGAAAGGGUGCAUAACGAACUGCUCGAUGAUGAGGUGGACCAGCUCACCAUAACAUCCCUGCAUGCCAAGCUGGAUAUCCUCGAAACUUAUUGGGAGAAGUUCGAGGCCACUCAUGAGAAGCUCGUCGGCGGGAGCGCGAAGGUGGACAACGUCUUGGAGUUGCCAUACUUCAAGGACAGCCUCUUUGAUCGGACCAUCGUACACUAUCACGAGGCCAAGGGGAUUCUGGUUCAGCUCAUAGACAGGAAGGGGGUGUCCACCGGCUCACGUCGCUCUGCCGCAGGGGGAACCGCUCAACCUUCAACGGCUAAAAGGUGCCUGCCAGAAAUUGCUCUUCCCAAAUAUUCUGGGGUAUUCUCGGAAUGGCGGUCCUUCCGAGAUUUGUUCAGCUCACUGGUCGGCUCAAACCCAGACAUUCCUAAUGUGGAGAAGAUGCAUUACUUGAGGACGAGCCUCAAGGAUGAGCCAGCUCGAAUCAUCUCCAACAUCGCCAUCUCUGAUGACUCAUUUGCCUCUGCUUGGGAACUGCUCCUUACGCGCUAUGAAAAUAAGCGCCUCCUCGUCUCGGCGCAGCUCGAGCGCCUACUCAACCCACCAGGGAUGACCGCUCACAGUGCUCGAGAGUUAAAAACUCUGUUGACCACUGUCGCCGAGGCAUUGAACGCUCUGGAGGCAUUAGGGUCACCGACUGCUCAUUGGGAUCAGGUCCUCGUCUACGUGGUAUCCAAACGUUUCUCAGCUUUCAAGGACUUCCUCACCGGGAGGGCUCGUGCCAUGGAGAGCAUGGAGAUUAAUACGCCCGCUCGCUCCACGGAUCAGGCUACGAGGCCUACUACUGUCAGCUCAAGAAGGCCUCCCCUGUCGGUCAAGGUGCAUCACGCAGCUGCUCCACAGCCACAACAGGCCAGGCCAACUCCCAGGAACACCUCAUCAGGGAAAGUGACGUACCCCUGCUCAAUGUGUCAGGCAGACCACUAUCUGUCAACCUGCACAUCAUUUCGUCAGCUCAACGGUCCAGCUCGUCGGGAGAUAGUGGAACGGUACUAUCUCUGCUACAACUGUCUCGGUCGUCAUUCAGUCAAGGACUGCAGAUCGCAGACGAGAUGCCAGCUCUGUGGAGGUCUCCAUCAUACGAUGCUACACUCCACCUCGACCACAGCUCCACCUAAGCCCAGUCAAGGGCCAUCUUCUAGGACCGCUCAAGGUACUGCUCAAAAUCAAGCUGCAUCGUCAUCAGCUCGACCAUCCGGGUUACCAAUGGUCACGUACACCUACGGGGAUGGGGUCACUACUAUUGCCGUUUCGUGCUCAGCUCGUCAGCUCGAUUCUGGAAUUCCUGGUUGCCGUCCUGGGGUACUUCUGGCCACGAGUCUAGCUUAUCUCGUGUGUCCAGAUGGGGCCGCUCACCGCAUUCGUCUGCUCAUCGACCCAGGAUCAGAAAUAUCUCUUAUUGGGGACCAGAUUGUGCGUCGUCUGGGACUUACCCGGUCCAAGACUUCACUACUUAUUUCCGGAAUCGGAAACUCGGCAUCUGGGCCGGCACUAGGCAAGGUACCGCUCACCAUACAGUCCACUCAUUCUUCAUUUCAGCUGAGAGUCACGGCUUAUGCUCUCAGCCAGCUCACCACGUCGUUACCGACGUUUACACCCGGACAGCUCAAGUGGGAUCAUCUUGAAGGGUUACAACUCGCUGAUCCCAGCUUCCUGGCACCAGCACCAAUUGACGUCCUACUUGGUGCUGACGUCUACGGUCAGCUCAUCCUGCCAGAGGUCAUCACACAUGACCCAGGUUCACCAUCGGCUCAGCUCACCCGACUCGGAUGGGUCAUCUUCGGGCCCACUGAAGGUGUUGCGUUAGCUCACACGGCCACAGCUCACCUGGCGGUAUCCAAUGAGGACCUCGAUGGCUUACUCACCAGGUUCUGGGUCCAGGAAGAGGUUCCUGAGACUUCAGAGAUACAGCUCACCGACGAGGAAGCUCAAUGCGAGGAACACUUUCGGCGGACACACACCAGGGACUGCUCCGGACGUUAUAUUGUCCGGUUACCGCUCAAGGCUCCGCCCUCAGUGCUUGGGGAUUCACGAGCGUGCGCGCUCGCAUGCCUUCACCGACUGCUCAGGAAGUUCUCCCGUGAUGAGGAAUACCAUCAACUCUAUACAGACUUCCUCAAGGAAUAUGAAGCCCUUGGCCAUAUGCGCCGGGUCCCCGGACAGCUCACUCAGACAGCUCAUCGACAGCGUAUGGGGGAGUACACAGCUCUCGGGACGACCUUAGCACAUGAAGCUCCGGCUUCAGGAGGGUUGAGGGUCCCGAAUAGCUCGUACUCCGCUCAGGCUGUCACUUCUCCGGAAUAUUUCUUUCCUCACCACGGUGUCGUCCGAACCAGCAGCGAGACGACGAAGCUCAGAGUCGUGUUCAACGGCUCCCAUAAGACCAGCUCGGGGCAGACGCUCAACGAGAUUAUGCAUACUGGAGCCAAACUCCAGAGAGACAUUGCUGAUGUACUGCUCUUCACUCGACGGCAUAGGCUCAUCUUCAUGACGGACAUCACCAAGAUGUUCCGCCAAAUCGGAGUACAUCAGGAUGAUUGGCCGCUCCAACAGAUACUUUGGGCCGAUGCAAAUGGGAACGUCACCACAUAUCAGCUCACCACCGUCACGUAUGGAACUAGAUCCGCUCCAUUCCUUUCCAUACGUGUCUUGAACCAGCUCGUGGAGGACGAGGGCAGUAACUAUCCUCUCGCCGUGGAGCCGCUCACGAAAGGACGAUAUGUGGAUGAUAUUUGCGGAGGUGCUGACUCGGAGGAGGAGUUACUCAAGACCGCUCAUCACGUGACUCAACUUUGCCAAUCAGGCGGCUUUCCGUUGGCAAAAUGGCACUCCAACAGUGCAGGUCUGCUCAGCGCACUCAGGUUGGACAGCACCUCCCACGAUCAAAAGGUGAUCGAGGACUCGAUCACCAAGAUCUUAGGAGUCUCAUGGCACCCAGGAACGGACAGCUUCACGUUCUCCAUCGCUCGGCCUGAAACCAACUCCAUCUCAAAACGAGUCAUUCUGUCGGAAACCGCUCAGCUCUUCGACCCACUUGGCUUCCUCGCGCCAGUGGUGGUACGAGCGAAAAUACUACUACAGGCGCUCUGGAUAGAGAAACUGGGAUGGGACGACCCAGUUUCCCCGACAACAGCGCAUCGAUGGCGACAGUUCAGGGAUGAGCUCAACCAGUUGUCGGAGGUCACCGUGCCACGAUGGCUUGGACUGCUCAAGGGCUUCGACGUGGAAGUCCAUGGAUUUUCCGACGCAUCCCAGGUGGCUAUGGCAGCUGUCAUUUACCUGAAGGUUCCGCACCUACCUGGAAAUGGUAUAACGCUCGUCUGCUCCAAGACUAAAGUAGCCCCGCUCAAACGGCUGACCAUCCCACGCCUGGAACUUACGGCUGCUCUGCUCCUGGCCAAGCUCAUACGUUACGUUCAGGAUCAGCUCAACCUCAGAGCUGCGCCCACCUACCUCUGGACGGAUUCCUCCGUAACGCUCACAUGGAUCAGCUCCCACCCAUCACGAUGGAAAGAAUUCGUGAGGAAUCGUGUCACUCUUAUCCAAGAGCUAACUCAGCCAAGUCACUGGAGGCUGGUGCCUGGCAAGGAGAAUCCAGCAGAUUGUGCUUCUCGAGGUCUCACCGCUCAACAGUUAGCAGCACAUAAGCUGUGGUGGACAGGCCCACCUUGGCUACAACAGGACAGCUCAUCUUGGCCAACUCACGUUCUAGAAAGGGACCUCAAUGUGGACCUCGAAGAGAAACCGGGGCAGAUUUACUACGGCGCCGCUCAGCAAAUAGCUAUCUGGGAUCUCAUCGAUAGGUUCUCUUCGUUCAACCGACUACUUCGGAUCACCGCGAUCUGCUCAAGGUUCAUCGCUCGGCUUAGGAGGGUUCCUAAUACGUCACUCCAUUAUCCGCUCACGCUCAGCGAAAUGGAAGACGCACGGCUCCUUUGGAUCAAGCUCACCCAGACAGCUCAUUUCAGGGAGGAACUACGGAUCAUCUCUCGCGGGGAGAAAUUCACCAGGUCCCAUCCGCUCACCAAGCUCACCCCGUUUAUCGAUCGUCAAGGGAUCCUGCGUGUUGGUGGACGGCUCAGGUUCGCACAGCUCGACCCCGAGAGCAAAAACCAAGCAAUCAUCCCAAAGGAAUCGCAACUGGCUCGCUUACUGAUAAGCCAAGCUCACCUAAGGACACUUCACGGCGGGACACAGCUCACUCUUCGUCAGCUCAGGACAGCUUACUGGAUCCUCGGAGGCCGAGCUCCAGUGCGCUCCUUCAUCCUUAAAUGCGUGAAGUGCGCUCGACAACGUGGGAUACGUGCUCAACAGCUCAUGGGACAGCUGCCACCAGCCCGACUCACCCCCGCUCGCGCCUUCCUCAACACGGGGGUUGAUUACGCCGGCCCCAUAUCGCUCCGGUCAUGGAAGGGACGGGGCCACAAGUCAUACAAGGGCUGGUUGGCUAUCUUUGUCUGUAUGACCACCUCAGCCGUGCAUCUCGAGGUAGUAUCAGAUUACUCAGCUGAUGGAUUCCUAGCGGCAUACAGACGUUUCUCCAGUCGGCGCGGGAUCGCUCACACCUUAUUCAGCGACUGCGGUACCACCUUUCUCGGCGCUGAUAAGGAGCUCAGGAGGCUAUUCUUAGCAGGAUCAUCCGAAUCUCGACAGCUCGCCCAGCUCCUCAUUCAAGAUGGGACUCAAUGGUCCUUCAACCCUCCAAGCGCACCACACUUCGGAGGCAAAUGGGAGGCGGCAGUGAAGUCGGUGAAAUAUCAUCUCACCCGGACUAUUGGAGAGGAUCUGCUCACCUUCGAGGAACUCACCACCUUGCUCACCCAAGUUGAGGCAGUUCUCAACUCACGGCCGCUUGAACCGCUCACUGAUGAUCCUGAUGACUGCUCGGCUCUGACCCCAGGGCAUUUUCUCAUAGGCCAGGCUCCUACAACUCUUCCAGAGCCAUCAUUGGAGAAUCUUAACAUCUCUAGACUCUCCCGAUGGCAGCUCAUACAACGAAAACUCCAAGGGUUCUGGAAGAGAUGGUCCACAGGAUAUCUCCAACGUCUACAGGCCAUAUCCAAGUGGUACCACCCGACUCACGACAUCAACGUCGGCUCUUUAGUCUUACUCACGGACGAGAGGUUUCCUCCAUCAAAGUGGCCUCUCGCCCGAGUGACCGCUCUACACCCUGGCAAGGAUGGGCUUACGCGAGUAGUCACGCUCCGGACCGCUCAGGCGACGUUAACGCGCCCCAUCGUUAAGCUCGUACUCCUGCCAGUACCGACGUCAAGGACCUAGAACCACAUCUCAGCGCUACAGCUCGUCAGCUCAUUGGCCUUCACCUGGACUUCGUCAACCCUGACGGAUUUACGACCCGGCACGAUCAGCGAGGUCCACCGUGAAGAUAGAAUUACCCGGAUUUUACGGGAUUUACGACCCCCCCAACGUCUCGGAUGAUUCCAAGCUUAGCCAGCACACCAAGGACCAGCUCUUCGGACAGCUACAGGGUCAUAUUGCUCAUCGACAGCUACUCUCAAGUUGCUGACGGUUGGGGAGGAUGUUGGAAUUCCUGGAAGCCGACAGGAUUCCAUUACUAACACUAACGCCUGCUCACCGUCAGGCAAAAUCAUAACAACCCAGUUGUUACUAGGGGCCUAUUCCACAUUUUUUGGGUGAUGGGGCGCCACUUUCUGGACCGCUCUCAGCCAUCCGGCAUAAGGGGGAUGCCCCACCACCGACCUCGAGGCCCCUCGAAAUCGUCCGAUUGAGCGAUCGGGCAGCCUCGCUCGUUCACUUUCGUCCGGGAUUCAGUAAAAGCAACACGUGUUUAACUGUGUUUCGGAUAUUCUUCAAAAAUUGUUCUUGACCGCUCAAACGUU